AUGUUGGCUGCGGACGCGGGAUACAAUGUGGUCACCUCGACCGAUGACAAGGGCAAGUACAAGAAGGGGGAUCAGGACAACAUCCUCAUCGAGUUCCUCGAGCGCGGGUUGAGCAGCGAGAUUGCAAGUCGCCUUUACAACACUGGUGUCCCUCUGCCCAAGGCGUAUGGUGCCUUCAAGGACUGGUGUGUCAACAUCGAGGCAAACGCUCUACGCGAUCAGCUGCGCAAAGCAUCGCAUGGGCACUCUACGCCACGACCAACCCCCCAAUUCCGCCCGCAGGCAGCCCCAACAACGCCUGCACCCGCCCUGGCCCGACCUGCUGCCAACGAACCGGUUCCAAUGGAAAUUGAUCGUACCCACGCCCGCGGCCGCAAUAUCAUCUGCUACAACUGUCAGCAGCCUGGACACAUUGCGCGGAACUGUCCGGAACCAAGAAAGAAGCGCACAUUCUUCAAUCGGGCCACGAUGCUUGAAGAAAUCGAGAACGGGGACAAGGACAACGAGUUCCUCAAGGAGAUUGCCGAGAAGCUGCGCGAGAAGGGUUUUUGA